AUGGCUGAAUAUCUGAUGUCCAGACUUAUGCAGCAGUUGUUCACUAGUCAACUGGGAGGACUAGGCAAAGAUGUCAUGGAAGAUGUUGAAGAGCUCUCAGUCAAACUUGCAGAGGUUCAAGCUGCUCUCUUCGUUGCUGAUCAAAUCCAAUUCUCUGAUGUGUCUGCUAAGCUAUGGGUAGAUAAGGUGGAAGACUUUUACUACGAGGCCGAUAGCAUGUUGGAUGAGUGGUACAAUACUCUGACGUUCAAAUCCAUGGUUGAGAAAGACAAAGGCCAAAGUACUACUGGGUUCUCUUUAAAGAAGGUAUGCUUUUCAUGUAUACCAUCAUCUACUUGCUUUUGUCUUUCUAUAACUCGGAAUAAGGCUGCUCGCAAAAUUAUCGAACUGAACAAAAACUUAGAUGAGAUUUUCUCUGAACAAAAACAAUUCCCCUUUGAAAGAAGAUCCACUGAAAUAGAACCACGAACGACUACUUUGCCCCAACUUGAAGCACGGGGCCGAGAAAAGGAGACGCUUGUUUUAGUGAACGCGUUGUUGUUGAUGGAUGAGACACGCCUUUGUAUCAUCCCUAUUGUGGGAAUGGGGGGAAUUGGCAAGACUACUUUGGCCCAACUUGCAUAUGAUCAUAGCAAGGUCAGGACUUAUUUUGACCUGAGAAUUUGGGUCCAUGUAGGUGAUUCUUUUGAUGUGACUGUAAUUGCAAAAAAUAUUAUUUACAGUAUUAAGGGGAUUCGUCCCAAUUUACUGGAGUUGGAAAGUUUAUUAAAUUGUAUAAAAAAGUUGGUUCAAAGAAAGCGGUUCCUUCUAGUUUUAGAUGAUGUUUGGAAUGAAGAUCGGACGAAGUGGGCACCAUUAGAGGGGUCUCUAAAUCAUGGUGCUUGGGGAAGUAAGGUUAUGGUGACAACGAGAAACAAAAAGGUUGCUGUUAUGAUGAAAGCAACAACUCGCAUGAUAUGCCUUGAUCGGUUAUGUGAUGAGUCUUGUUGGUACAUAAUUAGUAAUCUAGCAUUCUCGGAAGGGUUAUCACUGGUUCUGGACCAGCGAUUAGAAGAAAUUGGCAAGAAAAUUGUGAAGAAGUACUGCAAGGGUGUUCCUCUUAUUGCAAAAGCUUAUGGGAAUUUGCUGCGAUUGAAAAGCAGUAAAGAAGAAUGGGAUGAUGUUUUGAAAUGUCAAUUAUGGGAGUUGAGUGAUGUUAGGCAGAUUGUCGUUGAUCCACUCUUGUUGAGUUAUUAUGAUUUGUCCCCUUUGGAAAAAUGUUGCUUGCUGUAUAGUGCUGUUUUCCCAGCUGAUUUUGAGAUUAGUAAGGAUGAUCUUAUUCAGUUAUGGAUGUCACAAGGCUAUUUGGGACGUGACAACAAAAGCUUUGAGAGGGGUGAGAACUGCUUUAAGAGUUUAGUAAUGCGGUCCAUUUUCUUUCAGAAAAUCGAAAGCAAUAGUUUUCAUGGAAAUGCCACAAAAUGCAAGAUGAAUGAUGUAAUCCAUGAAUUCGUUCGGUUUGUCAGGAGAAGCUCUAUGACCUAG